GGAUAAAAAACUCAAUGACUUGUACAAUAAUAGUGCAGUAAUACUGAAUGAGGAUUGGUUAAGUCUGGCAAAGCUAAGACUACUCAAGUGAGCCAAUUGUGAGAUAAAUAAAGAGACAGAGCCUCACCAGGCAACAGAAGUUACUAACAGGUAAAGGAGGAGGUGAAGCCUUGAAGCCUGGGAUUGGUGGUCAGAAAAGAUUGACAGUGAGAAAGCAGAGCUCAUCUCACUUGAGGAUGCAGGAUAAAAGUGGAAAUGAAAAAGAGAUAUCUGGUGCUGAUGUCUCUCAUGAAUCAGCAUCAGCCAAGACUCAGCACUGAGACAGAGAUAGCACC